AUGUCAGAAGUAAGGGGGAAAAAAAGUUCUUGGUAUCCACUUCAAAACAUGAGUAAUACACUUAGUCAUGGAUUUGUUGAACCAGUUUUAAAAGUUUUAAAAACACCUGUUCAAGAUUUAACAUAUGGAAGAGAUUCAAUUCCAGUAACUCCAUCAGAACGAGUUUUACGUUCAGACCCUUAUGUACAAUCAGAAUUUAGAAUUCCAUUUCCAUAUAAUAGUAAUGGCAAUAAAUUUAUAUAUUAUCAAACUUGGUUUUUACCAACGGCAAAUUUAAUACGUGAUGUAGAUGUCUUUUAUAUUCAUGGUUUGAAUGAUUAUGGGGGUCGUUUUGCCGAAGUUUGUAAACCAUUUUUAGAACAAGGAUUUCGUGUUAUUGCAUUAGAUUUACCUGGUUUUGGGAGGUCUAGUGGGUUACAUGCAUAUUUUUCAGACUUUAAAGAACUUACCGAUGCGGUUCAUCUUGUCAUUAAUCAUGUAAAGGAACAAAAUGCUCUCGUAAACAAAAGACGAAAGACAAUCUUAAUUGGAGAAUCUCUUGGAGGAAUGAUUGUUUUAACCUAUGCAAUAAAACAUCCUGAAACUUUUGAUGCAUUUAAUGUAUUAGCACCUCUUAUCUAUGUUUCUUCUGAAAGUCAACCUGGUAAAGCUGCUGAAAUUAUAGCAAAGGUUUUGAUUAAAACUCCACUCGGACGGUUGCCAUUGGUCGCUGCUCAUCGUGGUAAACUUAGCAGUGAUCCUGAAGUAGAAAAGGAAUUUCAAGAAGAUCCAAUGACAUAUAGUGGAAAUUUACGAUGUUCUACUGGUUUAGCACUACGGAGAAAUAUCAUAUGGCUAGGGCAAAAUCUUGGAGAAAUAAAGAAACCAUUCUUAGCACAACAUGGUAUAAAUGAUCGAGCAACAGAUUGUAAUGGAACCAAAGACAUGUAUAAACAAGCUUCAACACCAGAAGAUUGGAAAUCUAUAAUUUUAUAUGAAGGUUGUGAACAUGCUAUGUUACGAGACCCUGUUGCUGCAGAUAAGAUUAUCAAAGAUUCUGUUGAGUGGCUUAUUUCUAUGGAUGAAAAGUUAGAUUUUUAA